AUGGACGACAUCGAGGAUCGGUUACGGAGUCAUGCGCAGGCCUUCGAUGGGCUGUUAUCGUUAAUACCGGCGAAGUUUUAUUACGGUGAAGAUGGCAGUGACCAAUGGAAGCGAAAGAAACAGACCAAGGAAGAAGCCCGCGAAGCCAAACGGGCCAAAUUGGAUCCCGACACUGCCAGAACGGCCAAGGACGUCAUGGACGAGAGCGCCCGGAAGCGUAAGCGCGACGAAGACGAAGCUGGGUCUGGGUCCGGGGAUGAUGAGGAAUCUUCGCCGUCCGACGCUGAGAAUGCUGAGAAGCCCAAGGAGGGCUUGAAACGAGCGGAGAGUGCCAAGAAACAGAAACCGGAUGAGCAGUCGGAAAAGCCAGGCAAGUCGGCGGAGGAGAUAGAGGCGCGCAAGAAACAAAAGGAGGAGAAGAAGGCGCAGAAGAAGGCUGCUCAGAAGGAAAAGAAGAAGGCCAAGGAUGCUGCUAAAAAGGACAAGCAACCGGAAGAGCAGGGCAAGGCCCCGCAACAGAAUGGAACCAAAUCCGAGGGCACUAAGAAGGAGCAAAAACAGGAGCCUAAAAAACAGGAAAAUGACGAUGACGAUGGCAGUGAUGACGAAGAACACGAGGCUGAAGGCCUCUCCCUCGACUUCAACGAACAGCCAGAACAGCCAUCGACCGCCUCCUCGACAUCCGGCUCUCCCACAUCAAAUCCUCAAUCGGGCAGUUCAUCCAUAUCCUCCAUCGCUCCCCCAACCACCAAUGAAUCCGCCAAAGAGUCCUCCGAACCAAAGCCUGCAAAGCCAACACCAGAGGAGUUGAAGCAACGGUUACAGAAGCGUCUGGAUGAGCUCCGCGCAAAACGUCACGCAGACGGCCUGAACGGCAGACCCGCACGAAACCGUCAAGAACUUAUCGAAGCCCGCCGCCAAAAGGCAGAGCAACGUAAAGCCCACAAGAAAAUGCUCCGCCAAAAGGCCAAGGAAGAAGAAGAGCAAAAGAACGACGAAGCCCUUGCCCGCCGUUUCUCCCCAGGAGGCUCCGGCUCCCUCCUUGCUUCCCCUCGCUCCCCCGCUGAAUCAGUUGACAGUGCCAACUAUGCUUUUGGUCGCGUUGUCUUCGCAGACGGCCAGCAGGCCGACCCCACUCUGUCCAACAUCCGCGACAAGCCCAAGAAACACGGUGCCCAAGACCCUGCAACUGCCCUCCGCGCAGCAGAGACCAAGAAGGCCCGCCUUGCAGGAUUGGAUGAAACUAAGCGUGCCGACAUUGAGGAGAAGGACAUGUGGCUGAACGCCAAGAAGCGGGCACACGGCGAGCGCGUGCGCGACGAUACCUCUCUCCUCAAGAAGGCACUGAAGCGCAAGGAAUCCGCGAAGCGCAAGUCUGAGCGGGAGUGGAAGGAGCGUCUUGACACUGUCAAGAAGAGCCAAGACAUCAAGCAGCAAAAGCGCAAUGAGAACCUGCGCAGACGUCGUGAUGAGAAGGGUGGUAAUAAGGGAAACAAGCCCGCUGGGGGCGCUAAGAAGAAGGCCAGACCUGGGUUUGAGGGUAGCUUCAAAACCAAGGUUGGUGGGAAGAAAUAA